AUGAAGCAGUGGUGCCUUGUGAAGUUCAACAGUGGUGGAACAGAAGUUGUGCCACACAUAUGGCUUCAGGGGGAGAAGGUUUUCUGGCCUCCAUACCCUCCAAAAGAGUCGGGCAAGGUUCGUGCUGCCAUCAGGAGGAGGGAUGAACCAACGGAGGAAUGGCAGACUUAUGAGCCUGUCAGGGUCCUCAUAACACCAAACCCAAUCUACAACAACCUUGAUGACUCUGAUGAAGAUGGCCAACCUCGGAGUAAAUAUCCCCAAGCUCCCAAAAUUUUGUUCCCAGCCUCCAGCCCUCUGCAGUCUCCCUCUCCAUCCUCCCAACUCCAACCGCUAGCCCCAGCGAAUUGCCAGACGCUUUCCACUCUGCAGUCUCCCUCUCCAUCCUCCCAACUCCAACCUCUAGCCCCAGCAAAUUGCCAGACCACUUUUAAUAACCCAACCAGCUACGAGACCCUGCCCGCCCCAGCCAGCUGCCAGUCUCCGCUGCCCUACCCCAACAGCCAACCCAUUACAUUCCCUGCUGAAGAUUUUCAGUUUCCCCUCCAGUCAUUUUUGCCAGUGGCUUCUACCAGUACUCCCCGGUCUGCAGCCAAUUUCUCUGCAGAAGAUGUAACCUUACAGAAGCUGCUCACCACUGUCACGGAGUUGACGAAGGAGGUGAGGGACCUGCGGCAGGACUUCCGUGAGUUCCGCCAGUCCUGUAGGUGUGGCCAAAGUGCUGGGGUGGUGGGCUUGACGGCAGAGCCACUGCAACUGCCUCUGCACAGCAUGGGGGAGCUGGAGAAAGCAGAGGUGGCCCGCUUCACAAUUAUCGGGGGGACCACCCUGGAGAUCAGGGUUUGGCGCAUGCUGGCAUACAGCAUGACCAACGAGCUGGCCUCAGGCCUAAACUGGGCUGGCAAGAAAAAUAAGGAUGUGACCAAACCGAAGCGGUCCUUUAAAGAAAUGUCCCUCUGCAAAUGCAUGUUUGAUGACUAAACGAUUGAGUACGGCAAACUUCUAUGAAUUUUCUCAAGCUGUGCAGAAGUGGCUGCGCUACGCCCCAGACAGGGCGGGGGGAGCUGGUAUAGCG